CAUACUUGGCCACCACGGAAGCAGACGAGCUGAUAGCCGCGCAUCCUUCUUUCCCCUAACCACUACUGCGCAUGCGGCACCCUCGCACACGAAGAUAUAAAAGCAACCACAAUAAAGAGACAGCCAGUUUUUCGAUGCUCAACCACUGUGUGUGUCGACUUGCUCAGAGGCGCACGAUACAUGGUGUCAGAAGUGCCCGCAGCCGCGCGGCAGGAAGCAAGCCAUGGACGCCUUAAAACUGCCCUGCCCACUACAGUUGACCGGCAAUGUCAGAAGGAACUGGGAACUCUUCAAGCAAAGACUGGACCUAUUCCUGACGGCUACCUCGACAGACCAUCCCAAGACAGAAGCGGUCAAGGCGGCCAUCCUCCUGAGCGCCGCGGGUGACGAAGCGCUUGAGGUCUAUAACAACUUCACAUUCGCCGAAGGUGAGCUCAAGGAUGACUACGAGACACUAGUGCGGAAGUUUGACGCAUACUUUAUUGAGCAAGGAAACGAGGUUUACGAACGCCAUUUGUUCCGUAUGCGAGUCCAAGAUGAAGGAGAGCGAUUCGAGCGGUUUGUACGUGACCUGAGGACGCAAGCCAAACUUUGUAAUUUCGGGACCCUUGAAGAGUCUUUGAUUAGGGACCAGAUUGUAUUCGGGACUAAUAACAAGACUGUCCGAGAGAAAAUGUUGCGGGACAAAACCUUGACUCUACAAAAAGCCGAGAACAUAUGCAAAGCAGCUGAAGCGGCGGCACAACAAAAUGCUGCAUGGGCCAACGAGCGCGUGCAAGUAGACUCCACUCGCCGAUAUGAACGCGGCAAAGAACAAAAAGGCCGGUGCAAGCACUGUGGUCGAGCGCACGCGCCACGGCAAUGUCCAGCAUACGGAAAAACUUGCUACGCAUGUAAAAAGCAGAAUCACUUUUCAUCGUGCUGCAAGAACCCGCAAGUUCACGGCAUUCAGGAAGAUCGUGAAGACAGCUUUGAUGUCCUUGACGUCAGCAUCUGUGGCAUAAGCACAAAACCAGGGAAAGACUGGACAGUGCGUGGCAAGGUCUCUGGUCACGAGAUAGAACUGAAAGUCGAUACUGGUUCCCAAGCCAACUUGAUUCCGCUUAGCAUUUUUCAGCGCAUCUCGAAAGUGAACACGUUGCGCAAGAGCGCAGCAGUGCUGACUGCCUACAACGGCUCCGAGAUCAAGCAUCUCGGUGUCUCCACUAAAGCACUAGAGAUGAACGGUACCACGAGAGAUACUGCCUUCUUUAUCGUCAAGAAAGGACGCCAAGCGAUCAUUGGCUUGAGCACAUGCAUCGAGUUCGGCAUUGUCCCAGCAAACGUCGACUCAGUCAGGCGAAGUGGAAAAGCAGGGCCAGAAACAGAAUUUGCACAUCUUUUUCAUGGAACGGGCUGCGUACAAAGAACGUACAAAAUGGUUCUGCGACCAGACGCGGUUCCAGUCGUACAACUUGCUCGGAAAGUACCUUUGGCACUGAAGCAACCAUUGCGUGACGAGCUGGCACGCAUGGAGAAGGCGUCCAUCAUCGUCAAAGUAGAAGAACCCACUGAAUGGUUCGUUCCUGGAAAGGACCUGCUCCUGGCUGACAUGCUCUCCCGUGCGCCCUCCCUUUCACCAAACCCGGAAGCAAUGGAGGACAUCGAGGUCCAUGCAGUUCGUCUAGUCUCGUGCAUGGGACGGCGCCUGCGCACCAACGUUCCGGAAUACAGCACUGAGCUGGGAUGCCCAAUAGUCAAGCAUCAACAGCGGGCCACGGGCAAAACGCUGCACGCUUUGCAGCAAGGAGACACGGUACGCAUACUGGAUGACAACUGGUCACGUAAGGCAAGAGUGCUUCAAGAAGCGGCUCCCCGGUCCCACAUCGUGGAGACGGAGGAUGGAAGGCUUCUAAGGAGGAACAGACAACACCUGCUGCAAACGCGGAAAAAAUACCGCAGGGUAGACGAAGAUGACGACUGCAACGCUGAAAAUAGUAGCUUACAAAACGAAAGACAGGAGCCUCCAGAACAAGGCCAAAGUGCACCCGGGUUAACUGGUCAUCCGCAAGCCAACAUACAGGUCUUCCCCAAAGUGGAGACAUCGGAAGCAGAGCCCCGCAGGUCGACCCGUCAGCGCAACAAGCCUCAACGGCUGCAAUACGAAGCGAAUUUCCGUCAAGUCUCCUAGAUUUUUUUUUUCGUGCCUUGUGGUCAUAAAGUCCUUUUUUUUUCCUCGUUAAGGGAAAGGAGAUGUAUCAUACUUGACCACCACGGAAGCAGACGAGCUGAUAGCCGCGCAUCCUUCUUUCCCCUAACCACUACUGCGCAUGCGGCACCCUCGCACACGAAAAUAUAAAAGCAACCACAAUAAAGAGACGGCCAGUUUUUCGAUGCUCAA